AUGCAUUGGACUAGAUAUAAGCGGUACUGGUACCAGAAAAUCACCAUUCUCAAGAGGGCAUGUUCUACUGUGCGUACUACUUGGCGAUCAUGGACAGCAUCUGUGUGGAAAGGCCGACCCCCAGCAAAUUCCAUAAUCCAGUCCCGCUACAAUGAUAUGCUGCUGGAACAGGAGAAUGUUCCCUGGUUCCAUAACAUAUUAGCCAGCGGCUUUGCGUGGAUACUGCUGGCUGGAUACUUGGUAUUUCCCGGAACAUUCACAUCGCUUCGUGACUCAGAAGCCUUGCAGGCUAUGGCAUCCCAGAAUAAAGUGGGUUCUGCUGUCUACUACUCGGUUCAAAAUAUGCCACUGUUAGGACUCGCUGCCACGUGCUGCAUCGUGGGCGGGACCGGCUCUAUCUGGUUAUGGUGGCAGUGGAGGACGAACUACCUUUGGCCAACCCAGCAUCUUUUCAUGUGA